AUGGCUCUCCUCUUCUUCUUCGUUCCAGCUUCAGUGACCACUGCAUCGUCAGGAUCGUCUACGGUUUAUCUUCAAUGCCCUAAUGAAUCUGUUUUAAAUCUUGAUAGCAACUGCAGCUUCAUCCCCAUCAGGGAUCAUCAAUUUCCUUCUUUUCCAGUUCGCUUGAGCUUUCUUGUUUUCAUAUUUAUGCUGCUGAGAAUAUGGAGUAAAUCAGAGGACAAGAAGUCAAAUUCGGUCGCACCACCAGGUCCAUGGAAGCUACCCCUUAUAGGAAACAUGCAUCGAAUGAUCGGCUCUCUGCCCCAUUGCCGCCUACUAGAUUUAGCCACAAAAUACGGACCUAUCAUGCAUCUUCAGCUAGGUGAAGUCUCCACUGUUAUCUUUUCUUCGCCAGAAGUUGCCAAAGAAGUACUGAAAACAAAUGACAUUAAAUUUGCCACAUCUUAUAGCCUUGCCGCAGAUAUCAUAUACUAUAACAUUAAAAAUAUUGGAUUUGCGCCAUAUGGAGAGUACAGGAGACAGAUGCGUAAAAUCUGCAUAAUGGAGGUCUUCAGUGGUAGAAGGGUUCAAGCGGCACAACCAAUAAGAGAAGAAGAGGUACUAGAGUUCGUUAAAUCCAUUUCUCUUAAGGCGAGAUAA